AUGUCCAGCGAUCUUCCGCCACGAUCCAAAGAGAAAUCGACUUUUGUCAUGCCGGCCGGUGUCCAACGCGAAAUUAAACAAGAGCUACCAGAUGUUCAAACGGGUCGCAAUCCAUUCGAAGAGACGAGACGAGUCGAGAAGAAGACGGUCAAACGAAGUCAGGACGAGGCAGAUGGACUGGCCAAGAUCGACUCCGACAUGGUCAGAACGCGCUCCGCCAUGAGAGAGACGAAAUCUGACAUGGCCCGCAUGCAAGCCAACAUCGCACUCCUGGAAACCAUCUCGGAGGCGCGGAAUGCCGAAAAUCGUCGCCUGAAGCAGGAAAACGACCAGCAAGCCUCGAAGAUCAAGAUGCUGAUGGAAGAGCGUGCGGCGCUGAGGGCUCGGAUGCGCACUGAC